AUGUUGCGUAAUCUGCGUACAUUCGUGUUGUUAUUGAUGGCGACAUGACGUGAACCGUUAGACGGUGUUGUUACUGUGUUUGUAGUGAAUUGUUUUAAAACAGACAACAUAUUUGUACUCCUUUAACUUGGAUAUUGGCACUGACUUCGAAUCAGAUAUUUGUACCCUAAGUAAGCUGCCCUCCACAACGUUUUGGCGUUCUUUUAGAGUGAUUGCAGAGCAUCGUGAAGAUGGGCUUCUUCACCCUCUUGAUCAAAGCAUCACUUUUUUCUGUGUCCGUUCUUGGGCAAACCACAGACGUUGAAGAGCUCGCCAUCAAGAAUGCAGACUUUGCUACACGGCUUUACAGCAAGAUUGCUAGCUCAAGUGAUGACAACGUGGCUGUUUCAACUCUCGGGGCUACCUUGGCGUUAGCCACAUUAGCAGCCGGGGCUGGCGGAGCUACUCAAUCCGAGCUGCUCCAGGGUAUAGGAGUGGACUCCAUGGUGAAAGAUGGAGAGCCGGAAAGGAUUCAGAUACUACUCCAGAGGCUGAGGGAAGAUGCUGCUCAAAUCCAGGCCACCGGACUCUUCAUCAAGCAGGACGUCAUGGCAGAUGACAGCUUCAGCAGCCAGGUUAAACAGUAUUAUAAUGCAGAUGUCCAGAAUGUGAAUUACGCCAAUGGACAGCAGGCCAAAGGAAGUAUUAAUGAUUAUGUCAGAGGCCGAACGGGAGAAAAGGUCAGGGAUGUGGUGGAGAAUGUAGAUCCACAAAGCAUGGCGAUGUUAAUAAGUGCAGCUUUCUUCACAGGUCAGUGGCUGCAACCAUUCAACGCAACCUUCACCCAAGAAGACAGAUUCUAUGUGAACAAGUAUAACAUUGUGCAAGUGCCCAUGAUGCUCCGUUCUGGAAAAUACUACCUGGCAUAUGACCCCAGAUUUAAGGUUGGCAUUCUGAAGCUGCCCUGCGAGAACGGCAUUGCCAUGCUUGUUCUUCUUCCGGAUGAAGAUGUGGACUACACCUACGUUGAUGAAUCCAUGACUGGUGAAGUGUUUCGUGGAUGGGUUGCGAAGCUGAAAAAGACGAAGCUGGAGAUUCAGUUGCCCAGAUUUUCACUGAAGCAGUCCAACUCACUCAGUGUGAGUCUGCCGAGUCUGGGUGUUAAAGAGAUCUUUGGAAACACUGCAGAUCUUACUGGUAUCAGCAGCAGUGAAGGCCUGAAGCUGUCAGAGGUGGUACAGAAGGUGGCUGUGGAUGUGGACGAGUCUGGAGGCUCACUGGCAGAAGCUUCCAGUAAUCUCUUCAUGAAUCCUCUUCCUCCCAGGCUCACUUUCAACCGACCCUUCAUUUUUGUUGUCUACCAUGAGGCCACAAAAUGCAUCCUCUACAUUGGACGUGUGGUCGACCCAACUAAGAACUAAUUAGAGAAACUACCAAUGGUGUAUUUACAGUUGUUCUCAAUCCAACAUCCAUUUGUUUUGUUUGAAUAACCAAAUAUUAAUAGUGUUUUAAAACAAUUAAUAUCAAGAUUAACCUUUUAACUGUUUCAAUAUUAAUUAAUUAACAUUAAGUAGCAGCAUAAGAUAGUCACAAUCCAAUGUUUGCUAGCAAAGUAAAUGUAUAGUGUACUUAAUGUGGAGUGUAACUUGUAUUUCUUGUGCGCUGUCAGUAUUUUAAGAGCCAGUUCAAAAGCAAAUCAUUAAAGCACGUCAUAUUCAA